ACUGCAAGCCUGGUCCGCCGCGCUUUCGGAGUGAGUCUGUCUGUGCUUCCCUCGAUCCGCCCUCCGCCCGCCGACGGACAGCUGCUCGCCCUCGUGUUCUCCCUGCUGCUCGGACACAUAGUAUGACCAUUAGGUGUUUCGUCUCCCAGCCAUUUUCUAUGGAAAACCAAGGAGAUCGGGCCAUGAUAGCCACUGGCAGCUUUGAAGAAAGGGAUGCCUUUAGAGAAGCUUGAUCUUGGAGAACUCUGUGUGAGACCUUACAAAGCCGGAUUCCGGCAGAGUUCCUCUAUCUCGUCUUGUUGCUGAUUGAAGGUGCCCCCUUCAAUUUUUCUCCAUCUCCUGGGAGGUAGCAGGAAAUCGGCAUCAUGGUUGGGUUCAAGGCCACAGAUGUGCCCCCUACUGCCACUGUGAAGUUCCUGGGGGCUGGCACAGCUGCCUGCAUUGCAGAUCUCAUCACCUUUCCCCUGGAUACUGCCAAAGUCCGGCUGCAGAUCCAAGGAGAAGGGCAGGGGUUAGUGCGGGCUGCAGCCAAUGCCCAGUACCGCGGUGUGCUGGGCACCAUCCUGACCAUGGUGCGCACCGAGGGCCCCCGCAGCCUCUACAACGGGCUGGUCGCCGGCCUGCAGCGCCAGAUGAGCUUUGCCUCCGUCCGCAUCGGCCUCUAUGACUCCGUCAAGCAGUUCUACACCAAGGGCUCUGAGCAUGCCAGCAUCGGGAGCCGCCUCCUGGCAGGCAGCACCACAGGUGCCCUCGCUGUGGCUGUUGCCCAGCCCACGGACGUGGUAAAGGUCCGGUUCCAGGCUCAAGCCCGGGCUGGAGGUGGCCGGAGAUAUCAAAGCACUGUUGAUGCCUACAAGACCAUUGCCCGAGAGGAAGGGUUCCGAGGACUCUGGAAAGGGACCUCUCCCAAUGUUGCGCGUAAUGCCAUUGUCAACUGUGCUGAGCUGGUGACCUACGACCUCAUCAAGGAUGCCCUCCUGAAGGCCAACCUCAUGACAGAUGACCUCCCUUGCCACUUCACUUCCGCAUUUGGGGCAGGCUUCUGCACCACCAUCAUUGCCUCCCCUGUCGACGUGGUCAAGACGAGAUAUAUGAACUCUGCCCUGGGCCAGUACAGCAGCGCUGGCCACUGUGCCCUUACCAUGCUCCAGAAGGAGGGUCCCCGAGCCUUCUACAAAGGGUUCAUGCCCUCCUUUCUCCGUUUGGGUUCCUGGAACGUGGUGAUGUUCGUCACCUAUGAGCAGCUGAAACGGGCCCUCAUGGCUGCCUGCACUUCCCGGGAGGCUCCCUUUUGAGCCUUCCUGCUGCUGACCUGACCAGCUCUGGCUUUGCUUUGGCUCCAGCCAGGCCCUGCUUCCCUUCUCCUCCUCCCCUCUUUCCCUUCUCCUUCUCCCCUCCUUCCCUUCUCUCUCUCCCCACCCGUUCCUUCCACUCCCUCUUCCAUCACCUCCCUUCCCUCUCCCCACAUUCUCACACCUAUUCCCUAACUCAUCUCCCAUUGCCUCUCAGUCCUGGUGGAGUUGACCCCACCUGACGCUGUGGGAGGCCUGGCACCAGCCAGGAUCCCAAGCCCUCAGUCCCUCGAAGAGUUCAGCCCGACUCUUCAUCCUUCCCCUGAGCCCAGCCCCACCAGCACAUGACCCAUAAAGCAACCUCAACCUUG